AUGCCGGCUAUGGCUGCUAUGGCAGGUAUGCUUUUGAUUGCUGUGGCCAUAAUGGAUGUUGUGGUGGUUGUGGGUAUGGUGCCGGCUGCGCUUGCUGGUGUGGUGGAGGUUGUUGUGGUCGUGGAUGUGGCAACGCCUGCCUUCCACGCUUGUGGAAUUGCGGGAGAUGGCCUUGAACCAAGUAGCACCUUACCAGUUAGGUGA